AUGUACAAGAAGGCCGAGGCCUCUUUCUGGACCGCCGAAGAGAUCGAUCUGUCGAAGGAUCUGCACGACUGGCACAACCGCCUGAACGAUGAUGAGCGCUACUUUAUCUCUCAUGUCCUUGCUUUCUUCGCCGCCUCCGACGGCAUUGUCAACGAGAAUCUGGUUGAGCGUUUCAGCGGCGAGGUCCAGGUUCCUGAGGCUCGCUGCUUCUACGGUUUUCAGAUUAUGAUGGAGAACAUUCACUCCGAGACCUACUCUCUCCUCAUCGAUACUUACAUCAAGGAGCCCAAGCAGCGCACCUACCUCUUCGAUGCAAUUGACACCAUUCCCUGCAUUCGCAAGAAGGCCGAUUGGGCCAUCCGCUGGAUCCAGGACCGCGAGUCUACCUUUGCUCAGCGCCUGGUUGCCUUCGCUGCUGUUGAAGGUAUCUUCUUCUCCGGCUCUUUCGCAUCCAUCUUCUGGCUGAAGAAGCGUGGUCUCAUGCCCGGUUUGACCUUCUCCAAUGAGCUGAUCUCUCGUGACGAGGGUCUUCACACUGACUUUGCUUGCUUGCUGUUCUCCCACCUGAACAACCGCCCCAGCAAGCAGAUGGUCGAGGACAUCAUCGUGGAGGCUGUCGGUAUUGAGCAGGAAUUCCUCACUGACGCCCUGCCCUGCGCCCUUCUUGGCAUGAACUCCAAGCUUAUGUGCCAGUACAUCGAGUUCGUGGCUGACCGUCUCCUGGUUGCCCUCGGUAACAAGAAGUACUACAACUCUACCAACCCCUUCGACUUUAUGGAGUCCAUCUCUCUGGCUGGCAAGACCAACUUCUUCGAGAAGCGUGUUGGUGACUAUCAGAAGGCCGGUGUUAUGGCCAGCACCAAGAAGGAGCCCACCUCUACUGAGGGCGAGCAGAGCUCUGGCGGCAACAACAGCGGUCUCAGCUUCGACGAGGACUUUUAA